GCUAGUGGUUACCAUUUUGCACAGCGCAGGUAGAGCAUGGGAAGGAGAAUAAAGACCAAAUAGCAGUGUGAAACAGUUGAAUUUGUUUGCCUGGCAAGCGAGAGCCACGUCACUCAGGUUUUGUGUCCCGAAUGCCAGGAAGCCCGGUUCCCAUCACAGCCAGGGUGGAUGGCAUCACUUUCCAGUGGGCUUAGCCGUGGGUGUGCUUCUAUUGAUAGGGAGCCAUGAUACCUUCGAGGCUUUUCUCAGCAAGAUUGCGGGUGCUGUUGGAAGGCAUGGGGCGCUGGACUCCAUCCGCACGAGUGGUCCUCAGGCCCAGCCGGCUCCUUCCACAGCAUGCUUCUCCCAGGCUGCUCUCUGUCGGCUGUGCAGACUGCACCAAGCAUCAGGAACCCCCCAGAAAGAAACUGCUCUCUGAGAAGAAACUGAAAAGGCAUUUUGUGGACCAUCGCCGAGUGCUUGUCCGAGGGGGACGUGGAGGUGACGGAGUGAGCUGCUUCCACAGCGAGCCCCGGAAGGAGUUUGGAGGCCCUGAUGGUGGUGACGGAGGCAACGGCGGCCAUGUCAUCCUGAGAGUUGACCAGCAAGUCAAGUCACUGUCGUCAGUCCUGUCGCGGUAUCAGGGUUUUGGCGGAGAAGACGGUGGCAGGAAAAACUGCUUUGGGCAAAAUGGCGCUCUCCUCUACGUCCGGGUCCCCCUGGGCACUUUGGUGAAGGAGGGGAAUGAAGUCGUGGCUGACCUGUCGCGCCCGGGUGAUGAGUACAUCGCCGCUCUGGGGGGAGCGGGAGGGAAGGGCAACCGCUUUUUCCUGGCCAACGAUAACCGCGCCCCCGUGACGUGUACCCCCGGGCAGCCUGGGCAGGAGCGAGUCCUCUUCCUGGAGCUCAAGACAGUGGCCCACGCCGGGAUGGUGGGAUUCCCCAACUCGGGGAAGUCCUCUCUUCUCCGGGCUAUUUCAAAUGCGAAACCCACCGUGGCUUCCUACCCGUUCACUACCUUAAACCCCCACAUUGGGAUUGUUCACUAUGAAGACCACCAACAGAUAGCAGUGGCCGACAUCCCGGGCCUCGUCCGAGGCGCACACCAGAACAGGGGCCUGGGGUGUGCCUUCCUCAGGCACAUCGAGCGCUGCUGCUUCCUCUUGUUUGUGGUGGAUCUUUCGGUGCCAGAGCCAUGGACUCAGGUUGAGGAUCUGAAAUAUGAGCUGGAGAAAUAUGAAGAAGGCCUGUCUGCGAGGCCCCAUGCAAUUGUCGCAAAUAAGAUAGAUCUCCCUCAGGCGAGAGCCCGUCUGCCUGAGCUGCAGGCUCGCCUGGGCCAGAAGGCCAUCGCCCUGUCGGCGGUGACGGGGGAGAACCUGGAGGAGCUGCUGCUGCACCUGAAGGACCUCCACGAUGACCACGUGGCCACCGAGCUGGCACGCGGCCGCCAGCCGCUCAGGUGGUAGCGGUGGGGCUGCCGCACAGGGAAGACCUGACUCAGUGU